UCCGCUCUCGCUGCUGGAGAUGCUGCUCGGCUCAUGCAGCUACCUGUUAGCCGGUCAACUAGUCUUCGUAGACCCGCAUUAAAUGGAUCACAUGUGUGGGUGUUUGUCACCGACGUGAGCCGGUGGUGUGUAGCGGCUCGUCGGGACUCAAGAUGCGGUGGUAGCUUCGCAACAAGCCGCGAGGGAGCAGCGGUUAGCGGGUAGCUAUAGUAACCAACGGGGGUUAGUAAUGCUAACCAACGGCUAUUCGUUACGCUAACCAACGGCUAGUCGUUAUGCUAACAAUCGGUGGUUACUUAGCCUCUUUUACCGAGUCGUCAUGCUAGCCCUGGUCCCCGGUGUAGAUGCUUUUUUUCUUUGCGACCCUACUCCCCCUCUCGGUUCAGAAAUAACCGCUGGUUAGCGCCUCCAUCAGUAUAACGACGUGACUCACACUCUAGGCUAAGUUAGCUCGCUCGUUAGCGGCUAAUUUAUGCUAACAGUCAGUUAAAGCUAAUUGUCGUAGUGGCCAACCGGUGCUACUACAACUGCCGUGACGUCAUUGGGCCCAAAAAAUACUUUUCCCCAUUGACUUACAUUAGGGACAGAGACGUCUGUCAAUCGGAGGAUGCUUUUUUAAAGGCUAAAUUAACUACGCAGCAGGAACUCUUUGAACCCGUAUUUAAAUCAUAUGUGUCUAAACGUUGUAAAAUCCGCUCAAAGCUGAAUCCAGAGUGAUUUCAUCUCCAUUCAUUUGACUGAGAGCAGGGGGAUAGGAGACGGGGCAUAAGGGAAACCUCUACUGCGCAUGCUCCAUGGGCCCACGUACGGGUACUUUCGCUCAGGCCUUUUUGGCCUCAUGCGCGACCGUGCAGCGCUCAUAGGAAUGAAUGGAGCUCCAGUUCUCUUUGUAACGUCCAUGGUCUCCACUGAAGCGAUGUCUGUCCGAUGGAGCUGAAGUGUGUCUCGGCUUGCUGAAGAUGACGGGCCGGGGUUUUGUGGCUCUGUGUCAGCAGGAUGAUGGAAGCCGAGGAGGAGUGGAGGAACAAAGACCCGAGUGCACACAAACUACUGCUGGAUAAAAAGGUGCUCUGCAAGCAGAAUGGAAGGAUCGGUAUAGUGAGAACUCUCCACAGCCUGUUGAAGACACAGAACACUCUGCAGAUUCAGUCCAUCACCCGCUCAGAAUGUGCUGGCUCCUGUCCGGAUCUCAUGAUGAGUAGGAGCGAUCACACCGAUGCCAGGCCCGCCCCCGUGGCCCUCACCCCCCAGCUCCCCCCCAGAGCCCACCGGCCCCUCUGCAUGUCGGUCUCCUCCGACAGCAGCGGACGCUUCAAAGCUCUGGAGACGCAGGAGUGGAAGAACAACCUUAAAGCUCAGAUGGAGCAGGCCCACAGUGCAGGAGCAGCAAGCAGCACCGGGUCCCUGGAGCGAGCCUCCCUGUUCUGCUCCUCCAGCUCCGGCCUCUCCUCCCCCGUGGAGAUCCUCAACAAGAGCAAGUCCUCCAGCCGCUUCUCGCUCUUCUCCCCGCCCUGGAACAGCAGCUCGGAGUCAGACUCCAACCCUCCGUCUCGCUCCGGCUCCAAGAAGCUGCGCAACUACAGCCGCAGAGCCGCCACGGGGCCCGCCGGCGCCAGGGGCCCCGACACGCCCGAGCCCAAACCCGGCGGCCCUGAACACUUCCAGUACUCCGAACCAGUCAUCUCCAGGGUGACAGACUACAUCUACGUGGGCAACCUGAACGCGGCAUACAACGGGCGCUCGCUGUGCCGCAACAACAUCGACAGCAUCAUCGACAUGAGCAGCGUGCCAGGGGAGCCGGGCCCCAGCCUCAACCUCAUCCCGUGCACCUGCUCCCGCGGUGCCCGACACAGCUGGUCCCGCCUCAAGGUGGACAUCGGGGACGUGCCGGACGCUCUGGGCGACGGGCCGGCACUGAAGCAGCGGUGCUUCGAGGACAUCAACGAGUGCAUCGGCGCCUCCACGGAGAAGAGGAAGCGCGUCCUGGUGCACUGCAGGGACGGCUUCUCGCUGGCCCCCACCUGCAUCAUCCAGUACCUGAUGGUGAAGCAGAACAUGAGGCUGAUCGCCGCCUACGAGCUGCUGAGGGCCCGGUACCCCGUCAACAUCCGGGAGCGCCACCAGAACGUCUUGGUGAGCCUGGAGAGGGCCCUGCGGCCCGGAGGCAACGUGGACCCCGAGUGCUUCAAACAGGCCAUCUCGCGCAAAGUGGCGUGGACCUGACUACGUUUCCCAUCAUGCUCGGCUGCAGCUCCGGACUCUCUUUACUCCUCCAGCCUCCCGUGGUGCAGGAAUGAGUCCCCCAACCCUGAAGUGAGUCGGCAUUUUAGCAGUUCCCUCUUCCCGAAGUCAGGAUGUGUUUCUGGUUGUUAUCCUGAAAUACCAAAUUCACACAGAGAAAUCCCAUUGGACCAGGGAGAUGUUGCCUUCAGGGUCCAUCACAGAAACACGGCAUCCCUGCACCGCUCUGCACCACUCUGUUGGAUUCUCUAAAGACCUCUCUACCACCCCCCCCCCCCCCUGUGGAUAAACUGGAUAUAAUUGUCCCCACUUGAGUUCAGUGGUUGUAAAAGUUCUGAUGUAUUUCCUCUUCAAACCUGUAAAUGUGACCCCCCCGCCCACAAUAGACUUCAGUGUAACAAACGCAGCUUCUCGGUGGUGUGAUGGUGUUGGCUGUGUAGUUGAUAUUGUCCUGCUUCAGUUGUGUGCCAUGCCGUCGUGGUGGUGUUUCAUAUCAGGGGAAGAUCUCAGGAGAUUAUUGAUGUCAAACCAGUACAGGGUGGGAACCACUCAAUGGGUCAGUCAGCGUCCCCGUUUACACCUGGCACUCAAAUGCAUCUCAGGGGGCUCUGAGUGAGGUUUCCAAAGGCUUUGAACAGCAGAGUAUUGUUCAGACGUCCAGACAUAACUUUAAAGUUAGCUUCAAAAGCCACUGGUUAGUGCAGGAUUAUGGAAGGAAAGGUGGGAAAACUACCUGUUGCUAAACCACGGCUUAUUCCCACAGGUCCUUGAAAUCCCUAAAAUGUUCUGAAUAGCGACCAAGAGUCAAGGUGCUUUGAGAUAUCUAUGAGCCUCAGGUGUGUCAUAUUUCAAGCGGACCUUCGUUGAAGAAGUGUGACGGUAAUUGACUUUGGAAAACCUUGAAUUUGAUUAAGAAGAUGUAGCAACCCUGCUAAUAACUCAACAGUAUUCACACCAAAACCAGAGUCGAUGUGUGUGAAUUUGCUCCUAAUUAUGGCACAUUUUGUGUGCUGCUUGAACGUCUUGAAGGCAUGUCAGCAUUGAGGGUCUCCUGCUGUGACGGACAUUAAAUCAAACAUCAAUGAAACGGUUAUUUCAAGCAUCUGUGGGCCCCUGUCGUCUAUAAACAAUAACGUUGCUACUGUAUUUAUGCCUCAUUUAAAUGACGUUGAUGGAGGAGCUACCUUGCUAGCAUGGCUCUGACAGAUCCAAACUCCAAUCAGGAAACGAGCGUUUUAAAGCUUGUCGUCGUGCAGAGAAAGCAGACAAGGAUUUUACACAUUUGCAUAAUGUUAGUCAUUUUGGCAUCCCUUUUUUAACAAUUAAAACACUGCACAAUUGUUACUUUUGGGUAAAUUAUGUCAUAGUAAAUGAGAUUAAUUUAGCUGUGUAAAUAACCUUAAUAAUCCGAUGUUAGUUACAGGUUUAACCAAAACUAAAGGAGGAUUUUAAAGGGACUCCUCCUCAAACAGAGAAGUCAUGCUGUCUCAAAACACCCCUCCCUACCUAACGCUUGAGCCUGAAGGGACAGCGUUAGAUUCAUCGCUGCCUCACCUGAGUACGAUUUGAAUGCAGUAAAAUCAAGUUUAAAGUGGAAACGAAACACAAUCAGUCACCGGAGAUGCGUUUUAUAAAUAUUUCUGAUGCCAGGUGUGAACUGCAAUCCGCAAACAUGUUAGCCUCCUUUAAUCUGGAUCUUUGUUUACUUCCUAAUAAUCUGUUCUGCCGGUAGUCUUGGAUGUUUUAGCCGUUGAGAAACCCUGCUAAAGCGGAGCUGCUGACCCCCUGAAGAAGUGUUUUAUCAUUAUGGGAUAUACAUCACUGACUCUGCUUCUAUCGCACGAGGGAACUUUGCACAUGGACCCGCGUUUCAAAUCCUCGGUUUUAUCGUUGUGGUGGUACUCGAUGGAAGGCCCGACCUGUCCUCUGUGAGGAAGAGACCGCCGCCCCGUGGUUUGACCCCCCGUUGGUGGUGCCCUCACCGCGGCUGCUCUGUGAAUGACUGUCCGUGUCCCUGCAGUGGAGCUGGGUGACGUCUGUGGAUUAUCAGUAUUAUCGUGUCGUGCCACUACACUCCAGGGGCCAGCACGGCCAGAGGGGGUUUUGCACUACUCACCGGGUCGUCCAACGUGCAACCAUCGCCGUUUACUUUGUUAUGGUUUGAGCUGUGCUUAUUUUGGGCGUGAUUACAUGUGAGGGUACGUCCGCCUGAUAGUUGAUGGUUUAAUUAAAAUGUCUACAUGUUUCACUCGCUCUGUAUUCCCUGAAAACCUGCCUUUGUUUUUAUUUAUCCGAUCCAGGGGUUCUACAACGAGACGUCAGAGCUCCGUAACAACAAAGCUGUCUGCCGUCUGACGCUCGAUUUCACACCAUUAUACCGUUUUCAUGAACAGAAUAGUGUUUUCUGGCAUCACUUUAACAUAAUGUUUUAUUUGACCACGUUGGUCUCAAGCAAUCCGUGCAACAACUUUACCCAGGGAAAUGUUUUAUAAAAAUCACUUUCAAUCAGUAAAUGUCAACGAUUUGACCGGUGCUCACUAAGGGCUAAAACUUCAAUAUUUAAAUGAUACUUUAGUCAAUAAAGGGAAGACUAUGGUGAAAAAGUGUCUCAGAUUAAUUCAAGGUCUUUAUUUAUCUGGGCAAAAAAAAUCCAAAUAAUUGUGAGGAAAGAAGGAUUGAUAAAUGACUCAAAGGAUUGAAGAUCCGAAACCUGUCUGAUUAGUUUCCUGAUUAUGUAGUUAUAUUUAAUUCCCUAGAGGAUGAUUUUGGAUAUGAAGCUUGGCUCACAAUAAGAAGCUAAACCCUUAUUAAAUAAGAACCUGUCACAGAGUAUAGCAAUGCUGUUCGGGUUAAGGAGACAUAAAGGUGUCUUGAAGAACCUGUAGGAUGCCUUUAUCAGCUGCGGCUCGGGUCAGCAGGAUACGAUUGGACGGAGACUUUCAGGGAGCUUAGUUUGGAUGCAUUGGGGACGUUUCAUUGCAUAGGGGUUAUAAAUAUAAAUGCACGUUUUAAACUAUGAAAUGUGAAGCCCUCAGCAGCCUGGACCUCGUUAAAGUCAGCAACUAUAGACCUGCUUCUUUAUUUGAUCAGCUGGACGUUUGAAUUGGAUAGUUUUUUCUUCACCUAGAAUAAUAAAAUCCUCUAAAUUCGUUAGCCAGUUAAGUUUGAUUCAAGUUAGCUAACGGUUCGAAGAACUUUAAAAGACUGUAAUCAUAGGUUUGUUGAGCUACGAGUCAUGAAGCCUCUAAGAAAACUUGUACUGAUCUGCAAUUUAGAAGCGAGUCCCUGUUGGAUCCUUCUUCAGUUCAACAGAGGUCAUUUCCACCCGGUGUAAGCUAGCUGAGUUUGGCUCUGGUAUGCUAACGGGUCAUUGAACCUCAAACAAACCGUUGAAAACAAUUUACACAUAAUUCGUUAGCUAACCAGAUCCAAGCUUUACUAGCUUACUGUUUAUUAGUAUCCUGGGCCCUGCCGCGGUGCCCUUGAGCACGGCACCAGAGCUGAAGAAUAUCCGUUCAUGAUCCAAAAACAUCCUGUAAAUUCUGACAUCACAUCUGAAAACCACACAGUUUCCAUUCAUGGCAGCCGGAGUGAGACUCCGUUGUUCAGGACUUAUUUUCAACAUUUUGACAUUAACCCCCCCGACAUGUGAGCGGUGUGGCGGGCAUGGAAGAGUAUGGUGCCUUCUUCUGGAGUCGUCUCGUGACCGUUGGGUGACAUUCGCACACUCUGUGACUUUACCUUCUCUAUAUUUUGUGUACGGUGGUCCUUGCUGUAAUAUAUUGGCUAGUGAUUUGUGCGCAGUGCCGCUGUUUCAGAAGAAGAGGAUAUAUCUCACUGACUAAAUCUACAUAUUUUGGUUCAAUCCCUUUGUUUUAAAGUCAUCUUACCUAAAGUUUCCCUAACUCGUUCUCUCAGGUGAUUUCUCAGUGGCCCAGAAUGUUCUCAAUGAAGACGAUAUUCAGAAAUGUGAAGCGGUGUAUUUCUCAUGUCAUGUUUCUGAAAGUCAGAUAUCAUUUGUACUGUUGAAAUAUUAAAGAAAAGGAUGUAAGCUC